UUAAGCGUUUGGGUGAUCUUGAUUAUUUACACGCUGAAAACUAGCAUUGUCAUACGAAGACGAAAGUUCUCUUGGUAGAAAAUGGAGAAGUUUAGUGUAGUAACACAAAGUCAAGUUAACGUGCGAGUAACAAGCUCGGCAAAUUCAUUUGGGACAGAGAAAAGAUUUCCCAAAGAUUUAACAAUUGCAGAUUUUAAGAACAAAUUGGAGUUGUUAACAGGCUCUUUAUCUGGCAAUAUGAAGCUAGAAGUUUAUGACAGGGACAACAAAUUAGUGUGUAAAUUAGACAAUGAUAAUGCACUGUUAGGUUCUUAUCCAAUCGACGAUGGAAUGAGAAUCCAUGUAAUAGAUCCAACGAUUAAAGUAGGUGAAUUUGAAGAUUUAUCAAAGGUGGAAAAAUUUGAAAUUUCUGAGGAGGAUUAUGCAAAAAAGACAGGUUUAACAGAGUUCAAGCCAGGAUAUUGGGUUGGCGUACAUUAUGAUGAACCUGUUGGCAAGAAUAAUGGAAAGGUUGGAGGAAAGCAGUAUUUUGAAUGUCCAGAUAAAUAUGGUGGAUUUGUAAGGCCAGAAAAUGUUGAAGUUGGUGAUUUUCCUGAGGAAGGCCUUGAUUUCAGAAAGGAACAACUCUUGUCUUUCAUUAAGAUGAUGUCGGCCAUUGGUGUUUUUCUUGGGAUCAGCAGUAUCAUCAUUGGAAUCGUUGUAUUUGUGUAUCUAGGUGGUGGCAAGUACCCAGUUACCACGGCAACAGGCAUCUGGUAUGGAAUUAGUCCAAUACUUUUUGGGAUUAUGGGACUUGGUGCUGCUCUUACAAAAGAUGAGAGGAAUCAGAUGAAUAUGUUGAAUGGCCACUACAUCAUGAGCAUUGUCAUUGUGAGUAUGGGAUAUGCCAUGGCUUCUGCUAUACAGGGAUUAGUGUCCUGUGCUCUGGGCGAGGAGAAAUGUGGAACCAAUGCAGAGAUUCAAACUGCUCUCCAUGGCAUUCUAACUGGCAUCAUUUUCUGCGGAUAUGUUUUGGCCAUUGCUUCCAUGGGUCUACAUCUCAGAAACAAAAACACCCUGCACCCUGAUUGGAAGUACCGCAGAGGAUGUUGUGGAAGUCAAACAUGUGAAUAACUUCUGGGAGUCUGAAUGUGAAGUAUUCCAUGUUUAAUGAAAGUUUUUCUUGUAUUUCAUAUGAGACAACUCUCAUAUUGAAUAGAUUUUCCCUGAAGGAUAGUUUAUAUAUGGCCCAAUGGAUUUCAAAGUGGACGAUCCUCACUUUUUGGCAUACCCAAUAUCAAGAUAGUGCACUGUGAUUAAAAAUUUAUGACCAUGACAUAAUUUUCAAAGUAUUUUGUAUAUCAUGAAUCACAUUGUACAUUAUGAUAGCCAUUUGGUCAAAGUUUCAUUUAGAAUAGCCAAAAACAUGUUAUAUUUUGGAAAUUUGUAUGGAGCCUGUAUUUUAAUUCAUAAAGAUGUCUAGCACUAAUACUUCAACUGAAUACACAUCAUUAUGGAUUGAGGGCCAUUCUCAUAUUAAAGAUAUUUGUAUUAUAUUAGGUCAAAAUACAUCAUAUUUGAAUUUCCUCAUUACAAAAUUCACACACUCGUUCUUCCAUAAAUGAACUCUGUUGAAUAAACUGUUUUGUAGCUUAUGAGGUUUUCAUGCUGAAAAUAAGACACAAACAUCCAUUUGAAAUAGAAAUUAACAGGGCAUUCAUGAAGGGAAGCCAGUUCUUUUGGCAAUUUAUUUUUUGGUGAAUUUUAUUCCAAUUUCGAAAAAAAUUCAACUUUAAUUUGUAUCCUACUGAAUCAUGCAUUCUGGGAAGGUUUUUUUUUUGUCUUAGAAGAAUGAAUUUAAUAUCACAGUAUGACAUACUCAAAAUGACUGGUAUUAUUAUACUUUUAAUGGCAUUCAUUAUUUAAAGAGUUGAAGGAAAUUCUGUAAAAUGUAGUAUUCUGUUUUAUGUGAAUUUUGUAAUAGAAGUCUGGUCUGGAUUUCUCGAAGAAAAAAAUCUGAAGUCAAAACGUGGACUUAUGUCUGAGAUUUUACUUAAAUUUGAUUUCUCAAAGAGAGGAAAAUUCAAACUUAAGUUUGAGAUUUUUUUCAUGAGAAAUCCAAGCCUGGACUUGAAUAAUCGUAUCAGGGUGAUUAUAAUGUGGACAAUCAAUAGACUAGUUGUAUAGAACUCAAUCUACCUCCCCUCUUGUUGAACAAAUAACAUUUAUUGAUGUGGUUGCAAUCUGACCUUAUAGUCUAACAAGGAGAAAAUGAAUUUUGUCACACACUUAAUGCACGUUUUGUAUGUAUGCAUUUAGAUCAUAUUACUUGGAGAGCAAAGUUUGGUUUACUGCAAGUGUUUUUUGGGGUGUACCCCAUCCCAUGUAAACUGUUUUGCAUAUAUUAUUAGCAGGUCUGAGUACUGCGGGUUACCUAUGUUUUCUGAAAGAAAAAAGCUUUUGUUCAAACUAUAUUUUAACUAGAUUUGAGUAAAAUUCAAAUGUGCUUAGACGGGUAAAACAAGUACAUGUAUUUUCAAACUAUUGUUUCUUCUUGUGUGUUCAUUUUAUGAUAUUAAAUGUUAAUUGUGUUAAUGAGUUUUUAAUUUCCUUGUCUCUCCUCAUCUGUACCCGUUUUUGAAUUUGAUUGAUGUUAUGUUUACUCCUUGAUUUCUGAUUGCUUCUCUUGAGUAUUUGAAUGAUAGAGUGCAGAAUUACAGAUUUUUAGCAGUACAGAAAAAGAGGAGUAUAAUGCAAUACUGCAAUGAGGUUUUUGACAAGUUUCUAAGUGAUACAUUGUAUUUUUGAUAGUUGAUUUUGCUGUUGAGAUUUUGCUAUUAAGAAACCCCAAACUCCUAAACCUUUUAUUAACCAGCUGCUCAGUUUUAUAGUGAUUUAUAUGUUUUGGAUCAGCAAAAGUUUGCGAAAAUAAUGUGAAAUAUGUCUGCACUUUCAUGUUUAUUUAAUUGUAAGACAUUUUCAGUUAACACUGUAGUUCAUUUAUAAAUAUCGACUACAAACAAUGAAAUGUUGUAUUAAAAUUGCACAAAACGUUUGAAAUCCAUUCAUUUUACAUUUCUCUGAAUUUUAUGUAUUUGUAACUUCAUUAAAUGAUUAUUUAGUGUUAUAUUGUUUCUUUUACAGUAAAUAUAUUAUGAUUCAGUGUU